UAUGCUUCUAUUCCAAUUGUUACGCUUAGACACACAUAUAAGGACCAGGAGAGAUAUCCAUAAAUGAACUCUUAACUACUAAUUCGAAAUGUUUACCUUGUUUCCCAAAGAAAUAUGGUACCAGAUUGUUCCAUUUUUAGAGAACGGAGAUAUAGGUUCGUUGUUGCUUUACGCAACAAAGUAUUCUGAAUCAUGUGUUUCAACUGCCUGCUUGUUUGAGUUAUCAAAAAGGGGUUGUAUCCAGUCAAACAGUCUCUGCAGAUCACUACCAUUCCACCUCUUGGAAAACUUGCCCACGCUCAAUGCUUCCAACUACAUAUUUCAAGUUCUUCGCUUCAAUGCUGAGUUUGGAACUAAAAUAGUUCCACAGGAAAUUCAGUUGACCAUUUCUUAUGACACAAUAAGUUCCUUUAUUGACUUCUUCAAUAAGGUAGAAAAUGAUCUAUUAAGGUCUUCAAGUUUCAUCAUCAGGAUAAAUUUGGAAGAAUAUCCGUGCGACUUCGCGGACUCUUUGCUUAAGAAGCUUACUAUAAUUUCAAAAAGAAUCAAUAAACUAACAAUCGUUGGUAAUGAUAUAAGGCCAAGGUUACUAGAAAAGCAUAAUCUCAAAUUGAGCUAUUUUGGAACCAAAACCAGAAUUGAGUCAUUCCAUCGUUCCAGCAAACUAAUAAGUUUAAACAGGCUUCCUUCUAAUGUGAUUCAUUGUCAUGUGGAAAAUUCCAAAUUAUCAACAUUACUAUCACAAACUUAUCCACUCCUUCAAUCCGUCGUAUUCGAUAAUAUUAGUGAGGAUUUCUCUCUGUUUUUGAAUAUGCAUGCAUAUAGUUUGAAGCAUGUUCUGAUAAGAGCUUUUUCAUUUCCUAUCAAUAAGAUACAGUUUGCAGUCUUUCCUAAACUUCAGACCCUUAAAAUAUGCACACUUCAGAAAACAGAGAGAAGAUAUAGACCCAACCUCAGUGCAAUGCAUAGGGUCAUAACUGCACCGAUUAGCGAUCUGCUUUACCAAAUCAAUUCAACUACUUACAGAUAUAUAAACACGCACUACUACAAGCUUUCACAAUUACCUUUCAGUCAGCUUGAAUUUCCUGAAUCUUUACUAGAACUUCACUUGGAGGGAGGCAUGGGUCCUUUCGACUGUUCAAGGUUUGAUUGUCCAAAACGACUUAGAAAGUUAGCUUUAAAGAGCCAAGUGUUCCGAAAGGAGUCGAAGUUAAUUUUACCACAAUCUCUCAUAUCGGUCGAUUUCUCCGAGAGUCAUAUUCCCAAUAUUCUUCAAAUAAAGUUUCCAGAUUCAAUUGAGUUCCUAGACAUUUCAAACAAGGUGCUUAUUAAAUUUUCUCCUCAUUGGAAGUUCCCCACAAACAUCAAAUUCCUAAACAUCACUACUCCGUAUCCUUUAGUGGGCGAAUUUGACUUCAGAAAAUACAACAAAUUGCAAGUAUUGAAGGUAUUUCUGGAUUAUCAACACAAUAGUAUCAGAGUUAAUGAUUUUGUUGAGGUAAGCUCUUAAUCACUUGAUUUCAGUUAAGCAUAUUGUUUAUUAAUAAUUCUGUACAGGUGGUUAGAUUCACUCGAUUUAGAACACUAUAGUUUUUUUAGGCUUCAAGAUACACUUUUUGUUUGCAUUUUUGGACCCCGUAGAUUUUUGUCUACUAAUACUGUGAAAUGUAGUAUUCAAAUCAUAUGGUUCAAAGAGACUAGUUUCUGUCAUAUUUGGCAAUCUAUGAAAAUUC